AUGCAGAAUGGGGCAGAGCCAGAACCCGUUGGGAAGGAGCCUGGGCCAUGUGCUCGGGGUACUGUGAAGUCCCUGGAGGCCUGGACUCCCAUCCUUUCCUGGGUGGGUCAGGGACAGGGGAGGAAGAGACUCAGGUUGGGCUGGCAGAGGGCACGGGUGAGAGGGCAGAGAGCGGGCGACAGGCAGGAACAGCCGGCCCUUCUCUCCCAGCACAGUGACUCGGACUCCGACCCCGAGUACUCCACGCUGCCGCCAUCCAUCCCCAGUGCGGUGCCCGUGACCGGCGAGUCCUUCUGUGACUGUGCUGGGCAGGGUGAGGCCUCCUCCUGUAGCAGCCUGCACGCGGCCCACCGGGGCAAGGACUGCCGCUGCGGAGAGGAAGACGAGUCCUGGGCCUCUCUUGCAGAUUUCGACUGGGUCUGGGAUGACUUGAAUAAGUCAUCAGCUACCCUGCUGAGCUGUGACAACCGUAAGGUCAGCUUCCACAUGGAGUAUAGCUGCGGCACAGCGGCCAUCCGGGGCACCAAGGAGCUGGGGGAGGGCCAGCACUUCUGGGAGAUCAAGAUGACCUCACCCGUCUAUGGCACCGACAUGAUGGUGGGCAUCGGGACGUCGGAUGUGGACCUGGACAAAUACCGCCACACGUUCUGCAGCCUGCUGGGCAGGGAUGAGGACAGCUGGGGCCUCUCCUACACGGGCCUCCUCCACCACAAGGGCGACAAGACCAGCUUCUCGUCGCGGUUUGGCCAGGGCUCCAUCAUUGGCGUACACCUGGACACCUGGCAUGGCACGCUCACCUUUUUCAAGAAUAGGAAGUGCAUAGGUGUGGCAGCCACCAAGCUGCAGAACAAGAGGUUCUACCCGAUGGUGUGCUCCACGGCGGCCCGGAGCAGCAUGAAGGUCACCCGCUCCUGCGCCAGCGCCACCUCCCUCCAGUACCUCUGCUGCCACCGCCUGCGCCAGCUGCGGCCAGACUCGGGGGACACACUGGAGGGUCUGCCGCUGCCGCCAGGCCUCAAGCAGGUGCUACACAACAAGCUGGGCUGGGUCCUGAGCAUGAGUUGCAGCCGCCGCAAGGCUCCAGUGUCCGAUCCCCAGGCAGCGACCUCGGCCCACCCCAGCAGUCGUGAGCCUCGGCCCUGCCAGAGGAAGCGCUGCCGUCGGACCUGACUGACUUCCCAGUGGAACUGCCUUCUCAGGCUGGGACAGCCGUUUUCUCUAUCCCUUCCUUCCAGCCACACUCCAGGGCGGAGUUGGAUGAGGCCCGUCCGGAGGGAGCCAUCUCUUGCUCCCAAGGCUGGGACAGUCCUUUCUGUGGGGGCUCUAGGGCCCCUCUGCUGCUGUGCUGGGUGGGGAAGCGGCUGCCCUGAGCCCCAGGUCUUGUGGGAGGCCGCGAGGAGAGCCUGGCUGGAGCCCGCGUUGCUGUUCCCACAGGGCCUCGGGUUUUUCGUAACUUGCUCUGCAUGCUGUCAGCGGCUGCCCCGCCGUCAUAGACUUAAAGGACUGCAAUAAAUGUAGAAUUGAUGUCUGAUA